GUGCUGCCAGUCCUCCCACAAGAUGAACGCAAGAAGCCCAAAGACAAAGCCACCACAGGCGCAACAGCGGCCACAAUGAGAGCACUCACAGCUCGCAUGGUCGCAUUCUACUUCCGCGCGCCCAUGAAGGCCUUUUUCAGAGCAAGAGUCGAGUACGGCUACCCCCGCGCCAUAAACCCAUACUACACCCAAACCACCUCGUCGAGAUUCUCCUGGCGCCUCACCACACCGGGCCUCCUCACCCACGCCGUCCGCACGCACGGCUGGUCCUUUCUCCCGCUCCAAGUCCUCCCGCCUCUCCUCGCAAACACCCUCGUCGGCUCCAUCCUCUACGUCUCCUACCUCCAAUUCCUCGGCCUCAUGCACGACCCCUCCGCCCGCUCCACAAAACGCGCCUACCCGCCAGCCUGGUACACACACACCUUCCUCGCCGGCUUCGCCGCCGGCGCCAUCCAGUCCCUCGUCGCCGCACCCCUCGACGCCCUCCAAGUCCGCUUCCAGGCCAAGGAAAUGCAGCAAGGCCGCUACAAGCACAUGCUACACUACGCCUCCGCGAAGCUCUCCCAGAUCGGCCUCCGCGGCAUAUUCGCCGGGUUUUCCCUCUCCUUUGUGCGCGACGCGUUCGGUGCAGCGCUCUUCUUCAGCACGUUUGAGACGGUCAAAAGCCAGGCGUUUUACGAGUUUGUGACUCGGUUUUAUGGGGAUCGUGGUGGGCAGGCGCGUGUGCAGAGUGCGGUGACGGGCGAUGAGAGGCCCGUUAUUCGCCCGCAUUAUAGUAUUGAGCCGAGCUUUAUACUUGCCGGCGGGGUGCUGGCGAGUGUCGCGCAGCAGGUUGUUGUGCAUCCGUUGGGUGAGGUGCAGGGGGUGCAUUAUGCGCGGCUGGAGGGCUUGGAUGCGCGUGUGCGGGAGCAGAAGGCUGGUGGUGGGAGGCAGGGCAUGAUGAGGCUGUACUACAAAGCUUAUGAGCAGACGCUGCAGCAGUGUGCAGUCGAAGCGAAGAAAGCAGGCGGGUGGAGGACGUGGCUGUAUCGCGGCUUUGCGGGCAAUACGCUGCGGCAGGUACCCAGCACGAGUGCCGGGCUGAUUGUGUUUGAGCUGGUGAGGAGGAGAUAUGCGACUGAUGAGGAGGCUGUGAGGAUCGAGAAGGACGGAUACGAUAUUCUGUUGACAUGA